AUGCAGAGCAGAGGCCAAGGUACAGGAAGGCAGGUAGGCUCAGGGUCAGUUCAGGCAGAGGUCAGGUUGAUGCUGAGAGAGGAGGCUCCCAGCGCUCCUCCUAAGAACAUGGUGGCGUCGGGUCGUACCAACCAGUCUAUCAUGGUCCAGUGGCAGCCUCCCCCAGAACCACAGCACAAUGGACUGCUCCGAGGAUACGUCCUCAGGUAUCGUCUGGCAGGUCUACCAGGAGAGUACCAAGAGAAGAAUAUCUCUAGUCCAGAGACGAACUACUGUCUCCUAUCAGACCUCAUAAUCUGGACUCAGUAUCAGAUACAACUGGCUGCCUACACUGCUGCAGGCCUGGGGGAGUACAGUACUGCUGUUACUGAGUACACACUACAGGGAGUCCCCACAGCGCCCCCGCAGGCUGUAGAGGUAACAGCAGUCAGCUCCUCCGCUAUCAGAUUCACCUGGAACCCUCCGCCUCAGCAGUUCAUCAACGGGAUCAACCAGGGAUACAAGUUGCUAGUCUGGCCAGAGCACUCCCCCGAGGCUGUAACCAUAGUGACCAUCACCCCCGACUACCCCGGUUCCCGCCUCACCGGAUUGGUUGUUGGACUAAGGAAGUUCACCUGGUAUCUAGGCUCCACCCUCUGCUUCACUACGCCCGGCGAUGGACCCAAGAGCCCUCCCAUACUACUACAGACACACGAAGACACUCCAGGUCCGGUGGGUCACUUGAGCUUCACUGAGAUCCUGGACACGUCUCUGAGGGUGAGCUGGGCAGAGCCUAAAGACAAGAACGGCAUCAUCACAGGUUAUGUGAUAUUGUGGUGUGUUUCUGGGUCAGCAACGGGGUCAGGGUCAGGGUCGGAGGGCAAUGCAUCCUGUGAGGAGCGAGCUCUCUCUAACUCUACCCUGCAAUACAAGGUCACCAGCUUGACCUCUAUGACAUCAUACGCCCUGGAGGUCGCCGCCAUGACAGCGGCAGGAAGAGGCGUGGCCACCACCUCCACCAUCUCCUCUGGAGUUCCACCAGGUCAGACAACACAUCAUCAUCAUCAUCAUCACAUUCCAUCAUGUGUAUGAGACGUCCACA